UUGCUCUGUAAAGCCGAGGCCUCUGAUUUCCAAUGGCGAGAGAAAACUGUCCGAACAGAAAAGCCGAAUUAAAUCGACAUUAAAUAAAUAUCUCCGCGGGUAAAAUCGGGCUCGGAGUUAGUUUGUGAAUUAUAAGAGUGACGGAGCCGCGAUGGACAGAAGCGGGACUGUUUCUCCCCUCGAAUCCGAGCUUUAUUUCCUAAUUUCUCGCUUUCUGACCACCGGUCCCUGUCGGAGAGCGGCGGAGGUUCUUGUGGGUGAACUGGAGGAACAUCAGCUUCUUCCACGCAGACUGGAUUGGGAAGGAAAUGAACAUCCUAGAUCAUAUGAAGACUUGGUUGCUGCCAACAAGCAUAUCGCCCCAGAUCACCUGCUGCAGGUAUGCAGGCAGAUUGGCCCGGUUCUGGACAGGGAGGUGCCGUCUGGUGUAGCGGGGGUGCGUUCUCUUUUGGGGACAGGGAGACACUCAUUACUGCGUACAGCUAAAGACUGCGACGGGAGUCGAUGGAAGAGCUCGUCCUUCGCCGCGCUCCACAGAGGGAGACCGCCGGAGAGGCCUUUAAGUUGCAGGGACGCCCCGAAUUUGGUGGAGGUGUGUCGAGGCCGCGAGCUGACAGGAACUCAGCGCUUCAGCUUUGUCCAUCCUGUCAGCAACUAUCAGCACUUGAAGAUGCACAGGAGAAUUCUGGGACAUCUCUCUGCCGUUUAUUGCAUCGCCUUCGACCGAACGGGAUCCAGAAUCUUUACGGGUUCAGAUGAUGCCUUGGUAAAGAUCUGGUCCUCUUUUGAUGGGAGGCUGCACUCCACGCUGCGAGGACACCACGCUGAGAUAUCGGACCUCGCUGUAAACCAGGAGAACACGCUGAUUGCAGCCGGGAGCUGCGACAAAACCAUCCGCGUCUGGUGCCUUCGUACAUGUGCCCCGGUGGCAGUCUUGCAGGGCCACAGUGGAUCCAUUACCUCUUUACAGUUUUCUCCGUUUGCCAAGGGCUCAAAAAGGUACAUGGUUUCCACAGGAACUGAUGCUACUGUCUGCUUCUGGCAGUGGGACGUCAGUAACACCAGUUUCAGUGAUCGUCCUCAGAAGUUCACAGAAAAACCGAGGCCCGGUGUUCAGAUGGUGUGCUCCUCGUUUAGCCCCGGUGGGGUAUUCCUGGCUACAGGUAGCACCGAUGAUGUCAUCAGGAUUUAUUAUUUGGGCAGUGGGAGUCCGGAGAAGAUAGCAGAGCUCGAUUCACACACGGAUAAAGUGGACAGUAUCCAGUUUUGUAAUACAGGAGAGAGGUUUGUGAGUGGAAGUUGCGACGGCACAGCUCGUAUCUGGCGGCUCCAUCAGAAGCACCAGUGGAGGAGUAUUUUGCUGGACAUGUCCGCUACGCUGCCAGGCUCUGGGCCGACAACAGAAGAAGAGAACUUUUUCAAACCCAAGGUCACCAUGGUGUCAUGGGAUCGCCACGACAACACAGUCAUCACUGCUGUCAAUAAUCAUCUCCUCAAAGUGUGGAACUCCUACACAGGGCAGCUGCUGCAUGUCUUAAAGGGUCAUGAGGCUGAAGUGUUCGUGCUGGAGCCUCAUCCGUAUGACCCCAGAGUCAUGCUUUCUGCAGGGCAUGAUGGGAACGUUUUCAUAUGGGACCUUGUGAAAGGCUCUAAGAUUCAGCAUUACUUUAACAUGAUUGAAGGUCAGGGACACGGUGCUGUGUUUGACUGUAAGUUCACCCCCGAUGGUCAUCGCUUCGCCUGCACGGACUCCCAUGGUCAUCUUGUGAUUUUUGGAUUUGGGAGUUCUAAACCGUACGAAAAGCUUCCAGAUCAGGUGUUUUUUCACACGGACUACCGGCCGUUGAUCAGAGACUCUAACGGGUUCGUCCUGGAUGAGCAGACCCAGCAGGCUCCUCACCUCAUGCCUCCCCCCUUCCUGGUCGAUGUGGACGGGAACCCUCAUCCCCCCCGAUAUCAGAGGCUGGUGCCCGGCAGGGAGAACUUUGCAGAUGAACACCUGGUUCCUCAGCUGGGCUACGUUGCGACGAGUGAUGGUGAGGUGGUGGAGCAGGUGAUCAGUCAGCAGCCGGUUGAGAGUGAGGAUCCUCAGGCUCGCCGCAGCGUUCUGGACGAUGCUAUCCGCCAACUCCAGGAGCAGCAGGACCGGCAGGCUGGAGGACCUGCUGUACCCGCCACAAUAGGAGCACCAGGAACCCCCAGGAGAGUGUCUCUGAGCGAGCGCAUGGAGGUUCAGUCUCCUCCUAACGUGGGACUCCGGCGCAGCGGGCAGGUGGAGGGAGUGCGGCAGAUGCAUCAAAAUGCCCCUCGCAGUCAGAUGGCCACAGAGCGGGACCUGCAGGCCUGGCGACGGAGGGUGGUGGUGCCUGAGCUCACUCGCAGUGCGUACAGGUCUCAGGAGUCUUACAGGACAGCGAAGGGCGAGGAGGAGAUCACAAUGUACAACACUAAAAAACGCAGAAUAACCCACAGCACCUUCAGGGAUGACUCUGAUGAGGAGGGAUUGUGCACUAAGCGAACUCAGUCUCGUAAACGCCACAGACGGCUGGAGAGCAGAGACAGCGUGGAUGAGUUUAUAGAGCACUCCUGUGAGGAGGGAGAGGAGACCGCGUCCUCUGAGGAUAAUGAGAUGGAAGGCAGUGAGAUGGACUCUUCAAAUGAAGAAGAAGAAGAGGAGGAGGAGGAGGAGGAGUGGAGAAGUGACAGUUCAAGCCACUCCUCCAGUGAGUACUCGGACUGGACAGCCGACGCUGGAAUCACAGUCAAUCCGGGCCUGUCCUCCCGAAGACGCGCUCGCAGACAAAUCAGCAGUUCUGAUGAGGAGGAGGACGAGGAGGAGGAGGAGGAAGAAGAGGAAGACAACACAGCAGAGGAGGAGCAAACAGAGCAAACGCAGGAUGAAGAAGUGCAGUCAUCUUCACCUCAGAAACAGAAGAAAAAAGCGAAAAGCAAAACGCCGAAGUGCCCAAAACCGAGGCCGUCUAUGAACAGAGAGGUGUCCAACGAGUUCCGGCCCUCUGCCUGGAUCACUGACGUGGUUCCUCGGAAGUCCCCCUUUGUCCCACAGAUGGGAGACGAGGUGAUCUACUUCCGUCAGGGUCAUGAGGCGUACGUGGAGGCCGUGUGCAGGAGUAAUCUGUACCCCAUCAACCUUGACAAGCAGCCGUGGAAGAAGAUGGAGCUGAGAGACCAAGAGUUUGUUAAAAUAACUGGGAUCAAAUACGAGGUGUGCCCUCCAACCCUCUGCUGCUUGAAGCUGACGCUGAUCGACCCUGGAACGAGCAGAAUAACAGACAAGUCCUUCUUUGUAAAGUAUCAUGAUAUGCCGGAUGUCAUUGACUUCCUCGUUCUCCGCCAAAGUUAUGACGAGGCGCGCUGCAGAGUCUGGACACCAAAUAAUCGUUUCCGGUCAGUGAUUGAUGACGCAUGGUGGUUUGGGACCAUAGUCUGUCAGGAGCCGUAUCAGCCCGAGUACCCUGACAGCCAUUUCCAGUGUUUUAAAGUCAAAUGGGACAAUGGGGAGACAGAGAAGCUCAGCCCAUGGGACAUCGAGGCCAUUCCAGAAGAUGCCCAGCAGCCGGAGUCGGAAGGUGCAGGAGUGCCGGUCACUAUUGAGGAGAUGAACGACAUCCUGUACAAGCCUCGCGACAGAGAGUGGGGGGUGCGGAGUCGAGAGGAGGAGAGCGCUCGGAUCAUAGCAGGAAUAGACCAGCUCAUCACAGUGGAUAUCGCUGCCCCCUUCUCUGGCCCGGUGGACCUGACUCAGUAUCCUACGUACUGUACUGUAAUAGCCUACCCCACUGACCUGGGCACCAUCCGCAUGAGACUGAAGCACAAUUUUUACAGGAGACUUUCUGCGCUAAUUUGGGACAUAAGGUAUAUUUUUCACAAUGCAAGGACCUUCAAUGAGCCACGGAGCAAGAUUGCACAGUCAGCGAAACUCAUUACAGAUGUUCUCCUAAAGUUUAUUAGCAAAACACAGUGUAUGGACAUUAUGGAGAUCUACAAUGCAGUUGAAAAUAUGGAGUACACAGAGGACGAGGAGCUGGAAGAUGUUGAUGCACCAGGCACCUCUGCUGGACGAAGAUCACAUCAGCCUUCUUUAGAGGUGGUGCAGGACAGAGACGCCUGGAAAGAAGCUUGCAAGCAGCUUCUGGACUACAUGUUUGAGUGUGAGGACUCUGAGCCCUUCCGUCAGCCUGUGGACCAGAAUGAGUAUCCAGACUAUUCGAAUAUCAUAGAUACUCCCAUGGAUCUGCAAACUGUUCGGAGAACCCUUGAAGAAGAACGCUAUGAAAACCCCACAGACUUAUGCAAAGACACCAGGCUUAUUUUUGCUAACGCUAAAGCCUACACGCCGAACAAACGCUCCAAGAUUUACAGCAUGACUCUGCGACUGUCUGCGCUGUUUGAAGAGCGCAUUCGAAAGAUCAUAUCUGACUACAGGACAGCUGUGAAGAGUAGCUUGAGGCUGCGGCGAAGUCAGAGGUUCAGAAAGAGGCUCCAGCAGCAGGAACCCACUGUUCCUGUCACCAGGCAGGAAUCUACCAGUCAGAAGAGAGCUGCUGUUAAAACUCAGGAACAAGUGGCUCCACCUACUACCAAAUCUACCUCAGCCAAAGUGUCUGCACCGGAGCGCAGCCGGAGGAAGAGGAAGAGGCGCAGAUCCACCUACACGUCAGCAGAUGAUUACUCUGAGGGCUCCAAUAAAAGCGCCUCAUCUACAUCAGACUCUGAUAGUGAAGCGUCUGUCAGUGAGCAGGAUGAGGAUAAAAGCCCUUCAUCGUCUUGUCAGUUCAGACGGGAGACAAGGGCGACGAGGAGAGCCAUGCAGAGCAGGGAGUCUAAGAGGAAACCGGUUACUGAGAGCAGGAGUGAGGAGGAGGAUGAUGGUGAAGAUUCUGAUAAAUCCAGCUCAUUAGAGCGACUUCCGUCAAGCAGGAGCAAGAACAGAAGCACGCGACUGACCAGGAACUCUGCUGCUGACCGCAGGAAGACGGAGAGCAGUGCUGAGGUAAACGGUCUGAGCAGAUCGUCUCGUGUGGAUCGCAGAAAAUCGCGACACAGCAGUGGUUCUGAUGAAGAACCUUCAGACAGAGAAGAGAACUCGCCGGCCCGGAGGCCGAGAAGAACUGCCAUGGCCGCAGUCAGUAAGAUGAAACUGAUGGACGCCUCCGAGGAAGAUGACUGUUCUGAGCAGGAUGGCCGUGGGAGGAGCAGCGGCCGGCAGCCCCCUCGCACCGGCAAACGUGCCGCGGUCAUCCAGAGCAGCUCAGAGUCUGAAGAGCACGACCAACAAGAGUCGAAUGACAGUGAAGCUUCAGCCAGUGAGGAGGAGAAGAGCGAGGAGGCCAGUGCGGACAGUGACUUCUCUCCUGCACAGCAUAACGGAGAGAGUAAAAGAGCCAGCCGGCGAUCAUCUAGGAGGGCUGUUCUGGAAGAAGACGAUUCCCCUCAAGUCAACGGGCAUGGCAAAAACCUCGACCAAGAGGAGAGUGAAGAAAAUGAUGGAGGAGAAAGUCCAAAUGAAAGCGUACAUGAGGAGGAAGAGGAAGAGGAGGAUUCCAUCAGCAUAAGGAAGGUGGUCCGGAAGAGCACAAGAGCUGCUGUCAGUAAAAUAAAACAACUUGACGAAAGUGAAACAGAAGAAGAAGGGAAUCGCUCCAGAACCAGACGACAGAGGAAUCUUCCUUGUGAGCAGGAGGCUUCCAAAAGCUCAGACGAGGAAACGGAGGCUCCAAAGGCUGAGAAGCACCCUCAUCAGAAUGGACGGAAGGUGGAUACACAGGACCUUAAAUACUCAGAGAAAGCGAGUAAAAUGACUGUAAAAAGCCACGAACAAGCAUCUGCCUCAAAAGCACGCGCAAUCCCCGCAGCCACAGCAGCAUUAAAGUCAGGUGCUCACGAAUCAGAACUGAGCAGAGUCUCGAAACGCUCUGGUGCUUCAAGAAAUAGAAUCAAGUCGGAAGAUGAAGAUGAUGAAGUAAACGGAGAGAAUCAGAGCAGCAGUGGAGAUGAGGCAGUCCCGAACAAAAACAAAGUAAAGUCAAAGUCUGAGAGUUUGGAUGGCAGGUCCAAUUCUUCUGACUCUGAAAGUGAUGAGGUCUCGAACUGGAGAAGCAGGAAAAAGAAGAAGAAGAAUGAGGCUGCAUCUUCUGAGGAAUGGCAGCAGAGCGAGGAAUCGGAACAGGACAAGAAACCCAGGAGGAGACCUACCCUGAGAGCCCUCCCCAAGAAGAAGUACAUUGUGGAGUCCGAAGAUGAUGAUGAUCAACCAGUGAAUGGGAAGAGCAGUGCAGGCUCAGUUAAAGAGCCUUCAGGAGGCUCCAAGAGGAAACGUGUCAAGAGUUUGGAUUCCGAAGAUGAAGGAGAAGAUAAAGGCGGGACCAGUGAUAAUGAAAGCGAGACUGAGAAAUGUUCUGGAAAGAGCCGAAAGUCCUCGAAGCACUUCAAACCGGGUUCAGGGUCCGAAAGCGAUUCUUUAUGUAGAAGGAAGGCGCAGAAUGGUCCUUCGCGCAGGCAGCACCGUCCGUCAGACGAGGAGCUCUCUGGUGGACGAGGAAAGCGGAGAAAUCUGAAACGGAAGUGCGACAAAAGCUACAGCAGCAGCAGCAGCGAAGGCGGGAUGAGCUCAGGCAUCCAAGAGUCCAGCGAAGAGUCCAGCUCAGGGUCACGGAGCAGUCCAAAGAGACACGCCACGACGAGGCUGAGGAACCGCAAACGAAGCACCGGACGUCACAGUUCGGACAGCGAUGCCUCCUAUGGGAAGGCCAGGAAAAUUCGGACCAGAAAUUUGGGCAAACGGACUGUUUGUUACCGAGACAGCGAAUGAACACGGAAGAGGACAAACAUCUCAGCAAGUGAAAACAUUGUCAAUAAAUUUGAUAUUUAAUGUUUCUCAUUGUAUGAGAGCUGUAAGAAUAUCAUAAGGUGAUUUAGACAGAUUCUAGAAAUGUUUUAUCACACUCUUUAAAAACAUGGUUCUUCAGUAAAGAAAAUGGUCAAAGAACCUUUUGCCUUAUAGCACCAAAACAGGGUUCUGCUUUAAGCUGUACCAAUAGAAUAACCCUUUUUGGUGCUAUAU